AUGACAGAAGAUUCUUUACAUGAAAAAGACUUUUCCUUAAUAUCAGUUAAUUAUGAUGCAUGUGAAGAAAUAUUUAAAUCUUUUAAAAGAAGAAAUCACAUAGGUGUACCAAUUCAUGGAAAAGUUAUGAAUGAAGAAUGUACAACUGAGAACAAUAAAGAAAAAAAUAAAAAGAAGAAAAUUAUAUCAUUUGAAGGAGAAAUAUCAAAUGUUAUGAUAAUAAAAGACGAAAUGGAUGAAAAAUUAAAUAAGACAGAUCAUAUAAAUAUAAAUGUACCUGAACAAAAAAGAAGUGAUACAUUAUUAAGAAAAAAAAAUUAUAUUUUUAAUGAGUCAAAGUAUAACGAAUUUAUGGAUUUGUUAAAACAACAACACCUUAAAAAAUUUAAUAAAUUUCAUUAUGUGUAUAAAUGGAAAAUUGCGUUAAUUAUUUUAUUAAUAUUGUCAUUUGUAUUUUUAUUAAUUGGUUUUUAUAUUUAUUAUGAAUCUAGUAACGUUACUGAAGUAAAUAUUGAUUAUGAAUUAGACGAUGAAUUUAAACUUUUUAGAAUAAAAAAAGAUAUGAAAAAGCCAGUUUAUAUAUAUUAUAAAAUAUCUAAUUUUUAUGUUAAUUAUAAAACAUUUUUAUCAGAUGAAUCACAUUCCCUUCUUAAAGAGAGUAGAUGUAAAUAUAUAAAAACUCUUGAAGACUUAUAUAAUUACAGAUGUGUAAAUAAUAUUCAAACGCUUCCAGAAAUAAAUAGUUAUGUGGAUAAAUCUGGUAAAAAGGAAAAUAAAAAAUGUGACAUUUCCUCGAUAAGUAUUGAAGAGAAAAACAAAAGAAUAUUUCCAUGUGGGUUAGUAGCAGCUUCUAUUUUCAAUGACAAAAUUGAUUUAUCUUUUAAAUCAGAGAGUUUUCAUAUUGAUAAAUUCUCUAUUCUUAAUCAUUUUGAUUUUCUUGUAUAUAUUAAAAAGCAUAAGGAUUUUUCUAAUUAUAAUAUAUGGAUAAAUGGAUUUUCUCCAGAGUACAAAAACUGGACACGUUCUCCAAUGACAUCUUCAUUCAUAAAACCAUAUGGAGUUAUUAAUCAAGAUUUAAAAGCUGGACACAAUUAUAAAAUAGCAUUCACUCAAAAUACUUGGCCAUCCAAAGAGUGGAAUGCUAAAAAAUCUUUUCAACUAAUUUCUUUAGGAGUAAUUGGUAAUAGUACUUUUGAAUUAGCUUAUUCUUUUUUUUUAAUUUCUUUAAUUUACAUUAUAAUUAUUAUAAUUAUGUUAAUUCUGGUAAAAUGUAAUUAUUGUAAACUCGGUAAAACAUUUUCAUAUUGUAAAAUGUCAAAGAAUAAAAACUCAAAUGUAAUUAUUUUUCAGAAAAAAUCAAACGUUAAAAGUGAAAGUGGAGACAUAAAACAGUUAGAAGAAUUAAACAAAAAAGAUUCAGUUAAUAAUAUAAUUAUUGCAUCCAAUAAUAUACAAAAGUUUUGUUUUUGCCCAUUACAUUAA